UAUAUUCAAUAGUGAACAGACCUACUUUCCCCUAUAUAAAUACUUCAAUCAAGCCCUUCUCAUUUCACUGUCAGGUAAAACAACUUGCAAGUCUUUGCAAACUCAUAGCACUUCUUUGUGUCUAGCAAUAGAGAGAGUGCUAGAGAUUUGAACCAAAAAAAAAAAAAAAAAAAAUAUGGCUUUUUCUGCAGAUCACUGGGCUUUUGUUUUUGGUGUCCUUGGGAACAUCGUUUCGUUCAUCGUAUUCCUUUCUCCACUGCCAACGUUUUACACAAUUUAUAAGAAGAAAACAGCUGAAGGUUACCAAUCAAUUCCAUACGUGGUUGCUCUCUUUAGCUCCAUGCUAUGGAUUUACUACGCAUUUUUGAAGACGAACACAACACUUCUCAUCACUAUUAACACAUUUGGUGUCUUCAUUGAAACUAUCUACGUUGGUUUCUACCUUUUCUACGCACCAAAAAAAUCCAGGGUCCAAACUAUAAAGAUGCUCUCUUUAUUUGUUGUGGGUGGAUUUGGUGCAAUAAUUUUGGUUACUCAAUUUCUAUUCAAAGGAGCCAUUCGUGGACAAGUUGUUGGAUGGAUUUGCCUUAUUUUCUCCUUAUGUGUAUUUGUUGCACCCUUAGGCAUUGUGAGAAAAGUAAUCAAAACAAAGAGUGUGGAAUACAUGCCAUUACUUCUAUCAGUUUUUCUCACAUUAAGUGCCGUUAUGUGGUUCUUCUAUGGUCUUCUAUUAAAAGAUAUUAACAUCGCUGCUCCAAAUAUAUUGGGAUUCAUCUUUGGUAUACUCCAAAUGAUUCUGUAUGUAAUAUACAGCAAAAAGGAGAAGGCCAUUCUAAAGGAACAGAAACUUCCAGAGAUACAAAAGGCUGAAGUCAUUGUGAAGGAUGAGAACAUGAACACUAAUAAGAAGUUUCCAGAACUUACACAAGAACAAAUUAUUGACAUAGUGAGGCUUGGUUUAAUGGUUUGCAAAGAUAAAGUACACGUGGCGACGUGUCCACAUGGUACUACAUGUGAAGCUAAAGGUGAUGAGAAUCUGCCCAAGUUGCAAACCGUGGAGGUCUAGACAUACGAUGGAUUAUCUACUCUUGACUGGCAAAGCGAGCCCCUGAAUUAAAGAACAAGGAUAGAAGUUUUAGAAUUUGUUUGUCUUUAGUUUCCUAAUCCUAAAUGUGUUUAUACACAAUUAGUUGAAUUUUCCUAAGUCUUUAGUCUUUUUUUUACCUCCUUGCUCUAAGAUAGCUAGAUAAAAUGUGUGUUGGAUUUUCUUUUAUUAGCAAUAAAAGUUUUAAUUUUUUUCA